AUGUUCAUUGCAAUCACUAUGACUAGGGCAGGCGUGAUAACCUCGCUCUCCUCUGGGCUCCAGGGAAUAAAGAGCUUGCUGCUCGCAUUUUUGAUCGGUUUUGCCAUAUCGACAGGUGUCUCCAUAUUCAUUUUACCUACGACAAGUCGCAGUACCUUCUUUCAUUCAAUCAGAGGAUAUCCUACAAUAGUGAAGGAAAUACUGGAUAGCCAGAUAGCAUUUGUGAAAUGCAGUGAGGAAGAAGGGCCAUGGCAGCUCACUCGACGCGCCACUAUAGCUCGACGAAGGACCAAUUCAGUUCAUAUGUUGCACGGGAAAAGGAGUAAAAAGGAUAAUAACCAAAAGAAACCUACGGAGAGCGAAUCAAAGGCUUCUCAGUUGAAAAAUGCAAUCCGAAAUCUCUCGUCCAUCCACUCUUCUGCCCGUGCAGAAUUAUAUUUUGCAAAACAGGAGAUUGCCUGGGGUAGACUGACUGCGGAAGAUCUCGAGACCCUCUUUUCUCUGCUGCGUUCCAUCCUCCUUCCUCUUUCUGGAAUUGCUAUGCUUCCGGAGGUAUUUCGAAAGCUAACCAAGACAGUGGAGGCUGCAGAUCUAGAUGAGGUCCGGGUUACCGAUUAUGGGUAUAGGCCAGUGGUUGGAGGACGCCCAGCUUUGAUGCCGAGUGAGUCGCAAUAUGAAAUCCCUGAGAUCACCGAGCACUUUGUACAACCGCUUUGCGAAAGAUUAGAAACAGCCUCUGGGCUUGUGGAAGCUGGGUUCCAACAUGCUUUUAUAACUUUAAAGAUAAUAAAGCCGCCCAAAAGUCGUGGAACAACCUCUGGAUCUCGAGAUGAGGAAGCACCUUCAGAAAAGUCUGUACCCGGGAAUCCGCAUUUUGUUACUGAAUUCGAACAGAAAUUAAACAAUUAUUUUGCCCUGCGGAAGCAUCUACCAGAAAAGUGGGCAACGCUCACUGCCUUUGCCCCUUUCCAUGAACGAGGCAGUAUUGCACAGGAACCCCGUACUAUUCAAAAGGAAUUUUUCGUUCUCCUAUUCAUUGGCCAUCUGCAAGAUAUCCUGCUUCAAGCAGUGCUAGAUCUGGUAUAUUUUGCAGAAAGGAAGGUUGCCGACGGGACAAUAAAAUCAAAACGGCUCCAAUUUCCAAAACGGGAAUACGUAAAGCAAUGGUUCUUCGCCAGUGACCCAGAAGAGAAAGAUGAUGGUAAUAAAGAAGGAGAUACCGCAAGCAGAAGGAGACAGGAAACGGACAAUCGUUACUCCAAAGACCAAGAUCCUUUAAAGUCUCGAUACCCUGAUCCGGAGCAUAUGCCUCCUACAAACACCUGGCAAAGAAUCGGCUGUGGAAUCAGGGCCAUUUCCCAUUUCCUGAGUUCUGAACAAAGUUCGUUUGGUGUCAGAGUUGCAAUCGCAGCAUUCUGUGCUGUGAUACUUGCAUACCUGCCGCAAACCCAAGCCUUCUUCUUCCGGGUGCGCGCUAUCUGGGUUGUCAUCGUCAUUCUCAUUGCGAUGAACCCGACCAGUGGGAAUUCCCUUUUUGGCUUGAUGGGUCGAUUUAUAGCGACAAUAUUAUCCACCAUCCUCGCACUCGCUGUCUGGUAUGUUGUUUAUGGGAAAACAGCAGGCGUCAUCGUGUUGACAUAUGUGGCCAAUUGCUUUCAGGUUGGUAUCUUCCUGCUACCCAUCGAGGAUUAUGGUAGCCCCUACUAA